AAUCCUCAGGACCGCAUAAAAUAAAUAAAUAAAAUAAAGGUAUUAAUAAAUAAUAAUAAUAGCAAAAACCAGGGAGAAGAAAGCCCACAGUGGUGAGACAAAUGUGCAUAAAAAUAUCAGAAAAUAACCUUGAGGUCUUUAAGCGGUCCAGCCAGCCCUUCAAAUAGCCUGCGUGCGACUGUAUUUCUGAUGUCAAACUGUCAGUCCCCGUGGGCCCUUGACUGAGAAGCCGGGUCUUCACAGCGCAUCCAGUAAGCUCAGAAUGGCGCUCCAUACCGUUUUAACUGUGUCUUAGGAAGCAGCCAGGCUGAGACGGCAAAGCACGACUACCCGCAAGCAGAGGGUCCCGCGGGUCCGGGCGGCUCUUGGUCAGUACCCUGCGCUGCAACCCACCGCCGGUAGCCCCGUCCGGCGCUCUCUAUACUGUGACCCACCGCUGUCCGCCUGGCAGCUGGAUCCGCGCCGAAAUUCCGCAAACGUGCCCUUGUGCUGACCCUCUUUGCUCGUCCCACAGCAAGCCGGUCGCGGUCCCAGACCCCAGAGGCUGUGUACGAAGCCUACUCGGGCAGCGGUCAGCAGCUGGGCCCGCCGGAAGUCCCCAGAGCCGCGAGGACGCCCGCAUUUGGACACCGGCGGCGCCCGGAAAUGGACGCGGACUGACUCCCCCGGCUUCCGUAGUUACCUCGGACUCCGGCUCGGAAGCCCAGACGGCGACCCGCGGCGGACAAACACCGGGUGGAGCCCCCGCUUCGGCAGCCCUGGGGGCGAGUACCUCAAUUUCACUCUGGGGAACCUUUAAGUGAAACGUGGUUAAAAUCUUACACACAGGAGAGACUAAUCAACAAUAAGUUUGAGAAGAAUGAUGUUGUCCUUAAACAACCUGCAGAACAUCAUAUAUAACCCGAUGAUCCCCUAUGUGGGCACCAUUUCUGAGCAACUGGAUCCUGGAUCAUUGAUUGUAAUCCGUGGGCAUGUUCCUAGUGAUGCAGACAGAUUCCAGGUGGACUUACAGUGUGGCAGCAGCAUAAAACCUCGAGCUGACGUAGCUUUUCACUUCAACCCUCGUUUCAAAAGGACCAACURCAUUGUUUGCAACACUCUGAUAAGUGAAAAAUGGGGAUGGGAAGAGAUCACCUAUGACAUGCCCUUCAAAAAGGAAAAAUCAUUUGAAAUUGUGAUUAUGGUACUGAAGGACAAAUUCCAGGUGGCUGUGAAUGGAAAACACAUUCUGCUCUAUGCCCACAGGAUCAGCCCAGAGAAAAUAGACACCCUGGGCAUUUAUGGCCAAGUGAAUGUCCACUCAGUGGGCUUUAGCUUCAGCCUGGAUUUACAGAAUACUCAGGUAUCUACUCUGGGACUGACACAGAUAAGUAGAGAAAAUGUACAAAAGUCUGGCAUUUCACAGCUUCCUAGUAAUAGAGAAGGAGACAUUUCUAAAAUCGUACCCAAAACUGUCUACACCAAGAGCAGAGAUCCGACUGCCAAUCACACUUUGACUUCCACCAAAAUACUACCUACCAACUCUUUGUCAAAGACUCUGCCAUUUGAARCGAGGUUGAACUCCCCCAUGGGCCCUGGACGAACUGUUGUUGUGAAAGGAGAAGUGCAUGCAGAUGCCAAAGGCUUUAAUGUUGAUCUAGUAUCAGGAAAAUCAAAGGAUAUCGCUCUACACUUGAACCCACGCCUGAAUAUUAAAGCAUUUGUAAGAAAUUCUUUCCUUCAGGAGGCCUGGGGAGAAGAAGAGAGAAAUAUUACCUGUUUCCCAUUUAGUCCUGGGAUGUACUUUGAGAUGAUAAUUUAUUGUGAUGUUAGAGAAUUCAAGGUUGCAGUAAAUGGCGUGCACAGCCUGGAGUACAAGCACAGAUUUAAAGAGCUUGGCCGCAUCGACAUGCUGGCCAUUGAUGGUGACAUUCGCUUACUGGAAGUAAGGAGCUGGUAGCUGCCGCCACUGCUACAAAACCCAAAAUACAAAUGGCUUAUGUGAUUCUGGCCAUGUCAAACACAUCUGGCUGUCCCUGCAGUUUCUGUUGUUAAGUUGAGCUUGCAYAGCAUUAAGUCCUCCUGGAUGUUCUCAGUCUUUGCCAUGCAUCGUGUCUCCCUAGCACCAGAGGAGGAAACUGGGGCAACAGCAACUUGUAACAGUAGGGUGGCUCUGUUCUCUGCCCCUGGACUCCUCUUAAAACCACACUCAAGUAUUUAUUAAGUGCCUACUAUACUACAUCUGCUGAUAGGUACUGAGCAUAUCUUUUCUAUCAUCAGUGUAUUAGGAGCUGGGACAUGUGCAUGGUGGGCGCAGGACCUACCUUCCGCCAGGUGCAGUCUUCUGAGGACACUAUGUACACUAAUCAGAGGUCCUUCAGGGCUAAGGGCUGUGCUCCUGUAAAACACUAGUUUACAGAAGCCACCACCCCUCCCCAGCAGUGGCUUCCAGUCAGUCCUGUCUUAGUCCAUGAUUGUGGACAGAUGCUUUCAUCUGGCAAUUGACUUUGAGCUUAAUGAAYACCUAGCUGUCCUUGCUAAAGAAAGCUUUUCCAAAUAAUUAACGUUAUGACAUCUGAAUAAAAAAAAAAAAACUAAGGCAAAAGUCAAAGCCAAACAAAAAACAAAUGAUGCCGACUUUAGCUUGACACCAGACUUCAGGUAGUCCACCCGUCUCUCAUCAAAAGCCAGAGUGUGCCUGUGGCAAGUCAGGUACGUGAGGUCUGUAAAGUACCUGUGGGUGGCAGUGAAGUCGAGAUGAGACCCAGUGCAUAUAAAACAGGCACUCCCAGAAGGCAGAAUCUACCUGUGAGAGACCAAUGAAUUAGGUAAAGGGAACAUAAAAAUGUUGUGUUGGCGUGCAAACCAACACUCACCUUUGCUCUUCUAAAGAUUAGUUCAUCAUUAGCAACUAAGAUCAAAACCUUGUUCUGCUUCAGUGAUUAAAAUCAAACCUGUGUCAGCAAGUUCAACUGUUGCCUUUCUGUAGUUUUUCCAUCAUUUGAAGGGAAUUGGCAUAACUUUUAUGUAGAAUCUGUACAGGUCAGAUCUUGUUAGAGGAGAUAUCAAAGUUUUGGGUGUAGAGAAGAAAAAAAGCUAAAAUCAGUCAUCAUUUUAUCAUGUUAAACUGCUAGGCAGAAUUCUGCCAGGGUUCAGAAAUAUUUUCAUAACAUACUUGGUUAGAUAUCAUUUAUAGCCACAUAUUUUAAAAGAAUAUCAUUUUUUUUUUUUAAACAAAAGUAGUGCURAGUCUUGCCAAACUCAAGACUUGGGGGGUGUGGUGGCAGGAAAAAUUGCAGGAGGCUAGAAGGCUCUAGAAUCCCCCCAGAGUUACAGGGUUCUUUCUUUCCAUGAAGACAUCAGAGUGAGAUGUUAGACUGAAAGGCACUUAGGA